ACUUUUCUUUUUCUUCAACAUUCGAAAUUUAAAGGUUUUUAUCUUCAUCAAAGUUGAUUAUAAGAUAUUAUUUGAUUUACCUAUAUUAACCUUUCAUAUUACCAUAUAUAAUCUCUUUCAUAGCCAUAAUUACCUUUAUAUAUAAUCAAUUAAUUGGAAAUAUCUCAUUCAGUUUUCCAGAAAGAGAAAAAACAGAUCUGACUAUCUGAUUAUAUUGGACAGAGAAAGUAGAUUUGAAAUAUCUAAAAGAUUAGAGAGAGAAAUCAGAUCUGAAUUAUUGAAAAUUUUUCUUUAUCUUCCACUUUCUAAACUUUGAGUUUUUCAUCUUCAUCAAAAGUGAUCGAUUCCUAGACAUCAUUAUAUGGUCUGGACUUAGAUCUGACUGAAUCAAAUUUCUAUUAAUUCCUCUAUAUAGAAAAAGUCUAAAAAUUUCUUUAGACAAGGAUGAGAUUCUAAAAACGGGAGCCUGCAUCAAUAAUUUUUGACCACCGUAUGGGAGUACGUGCCGAAGACAAGACGUGACAUUUCGAGAGCAUCAGUAAGAGAGUGUAAAACACUCUUUCUCACCAGAGAGGUUCAGUUGGUUUCAUUGUUUUUCACAGUUAUUUAGACAGAGAGAUAGAUGGUAGCGGCGCAAACACCACAGCGGCCACCGAUGAGAUCAAUACACGGUGUUAGCAACGGCGGAGGCUGCGGUGGUGGAAACCCAACCUUUGACCCAGGUUAUGUAAUUCCAGCAUCGUUUAUGAAUUCAUUCAGAGUAACUUCUGUUGCUGAAAGAUUAGCUAAACUUGUUCGUUCUGGUCCUCGUUUCGAUCAUCGUCAGUUCUUCAGUCUCUGCGUUACCCUAGCCAGAGGUAUCGAUUACGCGGUUGCGAAUAAUGAGAUUCCGGCUAGAGCUCAUGAGUUGCCGGCACUUUUUAGACAGAUUUACCAACAUAAGAACGAAAUGUUACUCCAAGCGGCGAUUAUGAUGGUGAUGAUAUCUGUCAAGAGUGCGUGUAAGAGUGGAUGGUUCCUGGCUAAUGAUGUAGAUAUGCUUCUUAGUCGCACGAACGAGUUAGGUAUGAGCUUUUGCAAUCCAUCGGAUGUUGUCACACAACCGGACAAUCCUCCACCAGUAGUUUCAAAAAUUCUAGACAGAUUCUAUCCCUGGAUGAAGAUGUCACACAUAUUUGCUUAUCUUGAAGUCAAGCCUGGAUUUGGGGCUUAUUUGCUUGAUUUCCAUGUCAUGAAGAAUAAAGCAACUGCACGGGAGAAGAUUCGAUUAUUUGUUGCUCAGACGGAUAACAUUGACACAUCGUCCUGCCUUAUAAGCCCCCAACGAGCAAAUUUCUUGUUAAAUGGAAAGGGAAUAGAAAGAAGGAUCAACAGUUCAAUGGAUAAUGGGCCACAAUUUCCAACAAAUGUGACUACAAUGGUUAAAUUUGGAACGAACCUCCUACAGGCUGUUGGGCACUUCAAUGGUAAUUAUGUCAUAGUCAUUGCUUUUACGAGUGAGGUGUCAUCUCUUGGUCCUCCAAAUCUACAACAUUAUGCGUGUUCUCUUUCUUCUGCGGACGACCUAGAUUCUGAGAUAAUUGAAGGGGCAUCACGGAUCUCACUUAAUUGUCCUAUAAGCUUCCGACGUUUGACAACUCCAGUGAAGGGGCAGCUAUGCAAACACCAUCAGUGCUUCGAUUAUGGAAAUUAUAUUAAGAUUAAUUCGAGAAGACCGUCUUGGCGCUGCCCUCAGUGCAAUCAGUCAGUUAUGUUCACAGACUUACGGAUCGAUCAGCGUAUGGUUGAAGUAUUGAAAGAGGUAGGCGACAGUGUUGCAGAUGUGAUGAUCUCAGCAGAUGGAUCGUGGCAACCUAUCAGGGAAACUGAUGAUUCUCUGAAUAAACAAGAUAAAACUUUAGGAAACGAACAAGAUGAGUCCAACCAAUGUGCACCUCUAAGAUUCUCAGCAUAUACCGCAGAUGUUGUGGAUCUCACCAUGGAAGGAAUUUAUGAGAAUAAUGUAAUGGAUAUUUGUGAAACUCAAGAUGUAAAGCCUUCACAAGAUUCUACCCACGGUAAUGCAGAAAUGGAAUUUGAUAUAACGGGGAUCCAAAAUGAAGAUUCUUUCUGGUCAGGAGUUCGGUUUUCAAAUUUCUCUGCCUCUAAUGAACCAGUGGCACCAAAUACUAGAUUCAAUCCCCCUGUGGUGGAACCCAUGUCUGAUCCCUCUUCAACCGAUAAUAUGUUGACUCCCGUGUUAACUGAUGCUGUUACUCCUACACAUAAUCGAGAUCUAGGGGAUGUGCAUUGGACCUCUCGACCUACUAAUUCUCUAAUGCGCAAUUACUCAGUGCCUGAUGAUUUGUUAUUACAGCGACCAGGCUCAUCAGAGUAUGGGGAUUUGACGAUCAGUGGUGAGGCUGGAAGAAAUACAAGACAUAUUACCAGAACCCCAGUAGCAAUUCAGGCACUCCCUGCCCAGCCUCUAGUCCCAGUUUCUCAUCAACGGGCACGACCAAGUUUGGAGUACCCUAUGUUAAGUGGUUCCGAGUUUAGUGGUGCAACAGAAACCCAGCAACAACAGUUCUCUCGGUCAAAUUUUGAUCGCAAUUUCACCUCAGAAAUGUUAACUCAGCCUUACCCUCGCUUCCGCCCGAUGACACAGCAGAACCAGGGUCCCCGACCAAACUUUCCUAGUCAGCCACCACCAGUUCAACAGAUUGUCGGUCUGUCUGCUCCAAGCCGAGUUCCAGGAGUUUCAGGUUCUUACAGGAAUUACGUCAGGACAUCGCCAAGUCCAGCCCUUCAACACUCUCAGCCAAGUCCAGCCCUUCAACACUCUCAGCCGUCUCCAGGCACAAGAGUCCCCCAAAUGGCGAGCCCACCUACAAUGACUAGAGCUCCCCCUCAUUUAUCCCAUAUGCAAAAUCGGCAAGGAGGAUCACACUCUAAUGUGGCUUCUCCACCAGGAGGCCAACAUUCUAGGAUGAUGUCUCAACAGCCUGCCCAGGGGGCGAGAUCUUUGCCCGUUGUACCAGUGGAACUUCAGCCUAGAAGAGGAUCAUCUUCCCUAAUGGUUGAUGAUGGACAUAGAGCUUUAAUUGGAGAGCAAAGAGGAGGAAAUGUGGAAGAAGGAAAUUCAACAUUUCCUAGAGUUAAUAAUUCGUCAGAAGUGACCCCGGAGCAGAAUUGGCGGCCUGCAGGAAAUUCAACAUUUCCUAGAAUUAAUAACUUGUCAGAAGUGACCACGGAGCAGAAUUGGCGGCCUGCAGGAAGAAUGAGGGGGAGCUUAUCAGGUCGGGCAUUUUCUGAUGCUCUUAGCCAGAAUAUAAUAUUACCAUCCCAGGUAACAUCUCCAUCAGCCAUCCGGGAUCCAUCAGUAAAUCUGUUCUCAAAUCCAAGUAGCAGUGGUGGUCCAUCUCAACGUCCCUUAUCGAUGCUUCCACCAGUGAAUAUUGUCUCCCCACCUAGUGCCACCACUGGCUCUUCUCGACUUCCCUUAGCCAUGCCUCCACCAGUAAAUACUGUCUCAACAACUAGCGCCAGUGGUAAUUCAUCUCAACGUCCCUCGGUGAUGCCUCCACCAGAAUAUACAAUCUCAAUACCUAGCGCCAAUAGUGGUUCAUCCCAACAUCACUUGGGGAUGCCACCGGUAAACACAGUUUCAACAGCUAGCACCGGUGGUGGCUCAUCUCAACGUCUCUCGGCGAUGCCUCCGCCAGCAAAUGCAGUCUCAACACCUAGCUCCGAUGGUGGUUCAUCUGAACAUCACUUGGCGAUGCCUCCACCAGCAAGUACAAUCUCAACACCAAGCUCCAGUGGUGGUUCAUCUCAACAUCACUUGGUGAUGCCUCCACCAGCAAGUACGGUGGCAACACCUAGCUCCAAUGGUGGUUCAGUUCAACAUCACUUGGCGAUGCCUCCACCAGCAAGUACAAUCUCAACGCCUAGCUCCAAUGGUGGUCCAUCUGAACAUCACUGGGAGAUGCCUCCAUCAGUAAGUACAAUCUCAACACCUAGCGACAGCAGUGGUUCAUCUCAACUUCCCUUGGCGAUGCCUCCACCAGUAAAUAUGAUCUCGACACCUAGCGCCAGUGAUGGUUCAUCUCAUCUGCCCUUGCACACACUGAACAGUUCUGACAAUCAUACACAAACUCUCCCAGAUCAAACUGUGCAAUUAGAUGUAGACGAGCUUCACUGAAUCUCAGAGUUUGCGGAAUGGUGCCAACAGCAACACGGGAUUCACCACGUUAUGGUGUGCAGGCGAUCUGCGGGGACAUCUUCUUACAACUGAUCAUUUAUUCAGUUCUUGGGGGUCCCCUCAUCACCAUAUGGUUGUAAAAUUCAUUUUGUCUUGGGCCUUUUUGUUGUUCGGGCUAAGUUAUUUCGGUUUUGAGGUAUUAUUUAUAUGUAAGGUUUGUAUGCUUGUGAAAUUCUAGUUUUAGCUUGUAAAAUGUCUUCAUUUUCCCAUCAGAUUGACACGGAACAGGUAAAAGAACUGCAUCUCUCAAGUCAGGUUUAGGAACA